UUUGCAUUCUCUCUCUUUGCCAGUAUGAAGACGUUGCAGAUAAGGAUGAUCUGAUGGGAGUGGAGGACACAGCCAAAAAAGGUUUUUUCUCCAAACCUUCUCUCAAGAGUAGGAACACUAUUUUCACAGUUGGCCAGAGGGGGGCAGUGUUGAGUCCUGCGGAGCUGGAGGGGCCCAUACUGAUCCCACACGCCGCUCAGAGAGGAGACUCCAGAUACCCGUACGAAACGCUCUUCCGCAGUCAGCACUACGCUCUGCUGGAUAACAGCUGUCGAGAGUUCCUCUUCCUCUCCGACUUCUUCAUGGUGGCUGGAAACUCUGCUUUGGAUUUGUUCAACAGCAUUAUGGGAAAAACGCUCAGCAUGUUCCUGAAGAAUCUGUCCACAUACCUGUCAGACUGUUACGACAGUAUUGCGGUGUUUCUCUGCAUUCACAUCAUCCUGCGCUUCAGAGCCAUCACAGCCAAGAGGAACAUCCCCGCGCUCGACAAAUCACGCGCCGGUAUGCUGAAUUCUCCUCUGCUAUUGUCAGCAUAAACCAAACCUUUCCCAACGAGAGGACCCAUACUCUUCUGGGACAGCUGCAGGUGGAGGUGGAGAACUUCGUGCUGAAGAUGGCGGCUGAGUUUCCCUCUAGACGAGACCAGCUCAUCUUCCUCAUCAACAACUACGACAUGAUGCUCGGCGUGCUAAUGGUGACGCUCCUCACGAGA